AUGCUGCAAGAAACCAAACAAAGUUUCUUACUUGUCUCAAUAGAAAAAGGAUUCAAUUCCACCAAGAGUGAGGCGAAAAGUUGCUUCGUCGAUUACUUGCCAGAAAGGUUGGUUCUUCUUCGACGAAACCAACCGGAGCUGAACAAUCUAAGGCACUACAAUCAUAUAUUGCGUCGGUGGAUUUGGGUUGGUGAAUUUACAGAUUCAGAGAGAGAAUUACGUGAGGUUUAUGAACUCAAUUGCAAUUUCGACUCUGAAUUUGGAUUUGGAUUCGAAUUUGGGUUUGGAUUCCGAUUCAUUUUUGGAAGAGAGAUUUGGGGAUUUGAUCAAGUUGUUCAGAAGUGCAGAGGGCAAAGGCUGAUAGUUCAGAAGGAAGAGCUCCAAGCAAAGAAAACCGAGGACGUUGAUGGGAUAAACGACGAGUUUUCUAUUGCUCCAAUGACUGGUCCUGUGAGUUCUCUUCCUCUUUCGCUCACAAAUCUUACUAAGGUUGUCGAGCUUGAUCUCUUCCGAAACAGUACAACUGGUGAACUUGACCAGCGAUUUUUCCCAAACAGGUCAAGUUCGGGUACAACUGGCAUGUUUUGUCUCCAAAGGCUACUCCUCCAAGAUACUUUGCUUGGUGGGCAACUUCCAUCACAGUUGGGGAAUUUGAAGCAUUUCACUAUUCUAGCACUAGAUAACAACAAGUUUUUGGGUCAAAUUCCAACAUCUUUGGGUAACUUGAUCAACAUAUCCUACUUACACCUCAACCAAAACCAAUUUUCCAGCCAAAUUCCCAGAAAUUUUGGUAACUUGAGCAAGUUAACUGAUCUGAGCCUAUUUGCAAAUCAGUUAUCUGGUUCAGUAUCGAAAGAAAUAGGAAAUCUUUCAUCGCUUGUAGCUCUCCAUUUUACACAGAACAAGUUCACUGGCCACUUGCCUCAGCAAGUUUGUCAAGGUCACAAGCUUGUGACCUUCACAGCAGCCUACAAUUUUUUCACCAGUCCUAUCCCGAUAAGCCUCAGAAACUACACAACCUUAUUUAGAGUUCGGCUUGAAUAUAACCAACUAACCGGUGAUCUAGACCGUGAUUUUGGAGUGUACCCAAACCUCAAUUACAUUGACUUGAGCCACAACCAACUGCAAGGGAAGCUCUCACCCAAAUGGGCACAAUGUCGAAAUGUGACACUCUUGAAAAUUGCCGGGAAUAUGAUUGGAGGUGAAAUCCCAGAUACAAUUGUUGAAUUGGACCAAAUAGUUGUGUUUGAUCUUUCCUCAAAUCAAUUUUCUGGGAAAAUACCAACACAAGUGGAAAAAUUGUCUAAAUUGUCCUCCUUAAGCCUGAAAGAUAACAGAAUUAUGGGUCAAAUACCUUCAGGAAUUGGGGGACUAACCAAUCUUGCAUAUCUUCACCUCUCAAUCAGCAUCCUAAGUGGUUCAAUUCCAGAUCAAAUAGGGGACUGCUUACGAUUGCAAUUCUUGAGUUUGAGCAAGAAUCGGUUAAAUGGUGGCAUCCCAUUGGGGAUUGGUAAUCUUGUUGGAUUACAAACUUUACUUGAUCUGAGUUACAACUCACUUUCUGCAGAGAUAACACCUCAACUUGGGAAGCUUACAAGUCUAGAAAGUUUGAACCUCUCGCACAACAUUUUCUCUGGUUCCAUACCCAACGCCAUAGGUGAAAUGAUCAGCGUCUCUGCCAUUGACUUGUCUUUCAAUGAUCUUGUGGGUCCUCUUCCUAAUGGAAAGGCCUUUAAAUUGUCUGCUCCACAGGCCUUUGUUAAUAACAAAAAUUUAUGUGGCGAAGUCCAAGUCACCUCUGUUUUGGGUUCGUUGUUUUUGAUGCUUUUGGUUUUUGGGAUUACUACACUUUACAAGCAAGGAAACCGGAGGAAUCUGAAAGAAGAUGAAUCCCCUCUUCAGCGAGAAAAUAUAUUUUCAGUGUGGAAUUUUGAUGGGAAAAUUUUGUAUAAAGACAUAAUCACUGCAACAGAAGAUUUCAAUGAUGUGUUCUGCAUUGGAGUUGGAGGAACAACGAGAGUUUACAAAGCGGAGUUACCAAGUGGCAAAUUAGUUGCAGUGAAAAGGCUGAGCUCGGCAAAGGAAAGCAUGGAAGUAGAAGACAUGGGUAGUUUUGCAAAUGAAAUCGCAACACUAGCAGAAAUAAGACAUCGGAACAUUGUGAAGCUCUAUGGAUUUUGUUGCCAUGAAAGGCACACAUUUUUGGUUUGUGAGCUCGUGGAAAGGGGAAGCUUGGAAAGUGUGCUAAGUAGUGAGAAAGAAGCAAAAGAGUUGGAUUGGAGUAAGAGAAUGAAAGUUGUUGAAGGGGUUGCUCAUGCUUUGUCUUACCUGCAUCAUAAUUGUGUGCUUCCGAUAAUUCACAGAGACAUAUCGAGUAGGAAUGUUUUGUUGACUGCAGAAUUGGAGGUUAAAGUCUCUGAUUUUGGCAUUGCAAGGUUUUUGAAGCCUGGUUCUUCAAAUUGGACCACAGUUACAGGCACAUAUGGAUACAUUGCUCCAGAAUUAUCAUAUACAAUGGCAAUGACAGAAAAAUGCGAUGUGUAUAGCUUCAGAGUAUUGGCACUAGAAGUUUUGAUGGGAUCGCAUCCGGGAACUCUCAUUUCAAAUCUAACCUCACUGGUGGAUCAAGGAAUACAACUUAAAGAUGUGUUAGAUCCUCGUCUUUCGCCUCCUACAACUCAAAAGCUUGUAGAUGAGCUAACAUCUAUUGUAAACCUAGCACUAUGGUGCUUACGUGCUGAUCCUAAAUCUCGCCCUACCGUGCAUGUUGCAUCUGAGUUGCUCGAAAUGCAUGCUGGUGAUGACUAG